AUGUUCGACUGCAAAAUGACUGCUAGACGUGCAGAAGGCUUCGGAGCUGCACUUGAAGCCGAGGAAGCCACAGAGCUGGCGCAGAUGAAAACCCAGCUGCUCCAGACCAAGCUGGAGUUGCAGCCCACACGGGACAUAGACCUCCUCGGAACGGAGGACGGAGAUGGCCUCUACUACGGGAAGCUGAUGACCAACUCGCCGCAUUGGUGCGGCCACAUCCCCUGGAUCGUGCAGUUCGUGGUGCCGCCCUGCUGGUUCGGGAAGCCGGACAAUACGACGCUCGGCCCAGACGGAAAGCCCCAGUGGUGCACCUACGUGCAUGGCAGCGCCAAGCCAUAUGUCAAGGACUGCAAUGAUCGCGCCCUCGGGGGCACGCCGACGGCGACGCAGCCACCGCCGCCAAUAAAGACCAGAGCUAAGCCAGCGAAGCCAGACUGGUGCAACAACAUCCCAGAGGCUCAGAAGAAGUUUGCGCCUGACUGCAACGACGCGAUCCAAAGUCUUUGGCUGCGGCAGCGGGAAGCCAACUUCGCCUACCACCCCGUUCUGCUGGAGGCGGCUGCGGAGACCGACUCCUCGGCUGGCGUCUUUUAUGGCCGAGUGAUGACCAGCUCGCCCCAUUGGUGCGGCUACAUCCCCUGGCUGGUCCAGUUCGUAGUGCCGCCCUGCUGGUUUGGCAAGCCCGGGCCCAGCGAUGGACCGCUGGGGCCGGAUGGCAAGCCAGAAUGGUGCAAGUGGGUCUCUCCAAGCGCGAUCCACUACGUCCCGGACUGCCGGACUCCCUACGACAACGGCGCCGUUCUUGGAGCAGCGCCGCCGCCGGUGAAGAAGAGGGAAAAGCCGGCUGUGAAGCCCGACUGGUGCACGCAUGUGCCCCAGGAAAGCAUGCGCUACGUCCCUGACUGCAGCUCUGAUGUGGAAUCCUUGUGGCUGGGCCAAGCCUAA